UAUCUUCACCCUCACCACCUCCCCCACCCCUUCACGUUUUAAAGAAAGCAACCAUGCCCUCUCUCAACAUCAACAACCACACUCUCCACUACGCCGACUCACACCCCAACGGCGCCCCCGAACAAGGCCAAACCAUCAUCUUCAUUCACGGUCUCGGCUCCUCCCAAAACUACUAUUUCCCUAUCCUCCCCAAUCUAACCACUCACCAUCGCUGCAUAACAAUCGACACCUACGGCUCUGCCCGCUCAACCUACACGGGACAACCGAUAUCCAUCGCCUCCAUCGCCGCAGAUGUAAUCAGCGUACUAGAUGCACUAAGCAUUCCCAAAGCAGUGGCCGUCGGCCACUCAAUGGGUGGUCUAGUCGUCACACUCCUGGGAGCCCAGUAUGCAGACCGUAUAAACGGAGUGGUAGCCAUUGGACCGACGCAUCCUUCCUCGAUGCUGACAUCUGUGAUGAACAAGAGGAGCGAGACUGUUUCUGAAGCCGGAAUCGAACCAAUGGCCAACACCAUCCCCUACCAAGCCACCGGCUCCGGAAGCCCCGCGCUCACGAAGGCAUUCAUCCGGGAACUGAUUCUCGGGCAGAACCCCGAGGGCUAUGCGGCGCUUUGUAGGGCUAUUGCUUCGGCGCCGGUGAUUGAUUAUUCGGCUGUGCGGGUGCCAUUCUUGCUCAUUGCUGGGGAGGAGGAUAAGUCUGCGCCGUUGGAAGGGUGUCGGGUUAUUUUUGAUGGGGUGUCGAGUGAGAAUAAGAAAUUGGAGGUGCUGGAGAAGGUGGGACAUUGGCAUUGUGUUGAGGCGCCGGAGGUUGUCGGGGGUAUUAUUGCAGGGUUUGCUGGGGGGAUUUGAUUUGUAGGGGUUUAGGGCAAUUUAAUUGUUCUUAUUUUGAUAGAUUCUUGGACAAGGCUUGUAUGUCUUGGGGAUUGGGAAUUGGUGGAUUGUAUAUUCUAC